AUGAAGCUCACCACCAAGGCUGCCGCCGUGUCAUACUUUACAUCAGGGUGGAAGACGGGAUCUCAAACAAAGAGGUGCUGGAAGGUUUCUUCGGACCAUCAGCACCAAAGCCCUUCUCUUACCGUCACCCCCUCUCAGGACAGUCCCCCGUCCCCCGUGUCCCCGUGUCCCGGGGUCCCGGGGCGCCGGGGGUCGCGCGCGCUAUGCGGAGGGCGGUGGUCCUCCUCCCGCUCGCCCUCCUGCUCGCCCUCCCGCUCGCCCAGGGGCCAGGAGCAGGACCAGGAGCGUCCCGGACGCUCCGACCUCAGUCUCCUCCGGAGGCAACAACAACAACAACAACAACAACAAGAAGAAGGACGGCGGCGGCAGCAGCAGCGGGGGCGGGCGGAGGAGCAGCCCGGAGGCCUCCCGGAGGAGGCGUCCCCAGCUCCGGUUUUCACCUUGAAAGUCCAAGUGAAUGACGCCAUCAGCCACCAGUCCCUGCGCCAAGCCACUGUGGACGUGUUCGUCAACUACACAAAGACAAAUUCUACCAGAACUGGAAACAAUGGGGCGGUAUUGAUAGACAUUCCCUACAAAUCGUGGCUCAGUUUGACUGUCGCGUCCUACAAGGAUGGCUACAUAUUAUCCCCAUUUCCUUGGAAGACUGCAAGAAUGCCAUUAUAUUCAUCAGUGACACUUUCACUGUUUCCUCAAAGCCAAGCAGAUAUAUGGCUAUUUGAAGAUACUGUUUUAAUUACCGGAAGGUCAUCUGAUGCCAAGAUUCAGCCAAAGGUUCAGUUUCCCAAGGUCUUAAUUAAACUUCCCAACAAUCACCUCCUCAUCAACAUCACUGGCUAUCUUACCAUUCUACAGCAGUUUUUGAAAAGAGAAAAUUUCCUUUAUGCGACAGGCAUUCUUCUUAAUAAAUCAGGGUUUAAAAGCAUCGAGUUGAACCCAGUUGCUGCGAUAUGCGUGAAUAUAUUUUCCGGUGGAAGAGAAUUAGAAGUGUCGGGUUCCAUUCAAGUUACCCUUCCCCUCCUACCCACGAAUUCAAUACAGCCGGGGGGCAUUAUACCCGCCUGGACAUUUGACUUGAAAACCGGUGCUUGGGUGAACUGUGGAUUGGGACUAGUUAAAGAGCUUGAUGACCAUCUGGUGUGGACAUAUGAGGCCCCACAUUUAGGCUACUGGAUUGCAGCCCCGCUCCCCGGACCCAGAGGUUCAAUCAUCAGUGCCGUUUCCCAGAACAUAGCCGACUACCACUCCGUUUUUCUUUCAACCAUACUAGGGGGAACAAUAGUUGUUGUGAUCGGAUUCCUUGCCGUUCUUCUCUGCCUUUGCAGGUGUAAGGGCGGCCCGGCCCAGAAACGAGAAAUGAAUACCACUCUCCUGGCUGUCCUGAGGAGAGACCAGGCCACGUCGAUGCCCCACCUCUAUCCAUGCACUCCAAUCAAGGGGCUGAAGGUCAACUCCGGCUCACAUUUAGGCCGACCCCGGCCGAGCCCUUACGAUCCAAAGGAUUCCGUCUGGUCGGAAACGGGAGACAGGAUGACGGCGGCGAGAGCUCGGGAGGGUUUAUACCACAGAGAUGUUUCAUCGUGGGCAGCCGGUCACAAUGACCCCUCUGGAAACGCCUCACGGCUUGCAGUUGGCUCUGGGGCCCGAAAACCCGGCCUGUAUCUCCAAGGUCAGGAAGACCAGUAUGGACUCGCCCAUCUCCCCGAGCAGCUAGUGCCAAUCUGCGCUCAGUCGGUGGCCAUCCUCCAAGCCUCGGGCCUUUUCCGUUCUCCGGGGCAGUCUCCCGGGGCGAAGUCCGCUACUUUGCCGAGAAAGGGCCAGGUAGGGUACGGUCAACUGGCAGAGCAGUUCGACAGUGACGAUUACCCUCGGCUGUCCGGCCCACCUCCGUCUCAGCCCUCCAAGUCCAGAGACGAUCCCGGGUCCCAGCUCGGAGAGCCGGGAUCCCCGUCCCAGACUCCCACCUGGAGUCGGUACUCCGCCAGCUUGCUGGAGUCUGUGUCGGUUCCCGGCACCCUGAACGAAGCCGUCGCCGUGACUCCGUAUUCCUCCGAACUCCAAGGCAUUUCGGAGAAGACCCUGUUGGAGCUGUCUAAGGGGAAGCCCUCCCCCCACCCCAGGGCCUGGUUCGUGUCUCUCGACGGACAGCCGGUCGCUCAAGUGAGGCACUCCUUCAUCGACCUGCGCAAGGGCCGACCCGAGAGCAAUGACACCAGCCUGGACUCCGGAGUGGACAUGAACGAGCACCAGUCCGGUCGGAAGCUGGAGAGGGAGAAGACUUUCAUCAAAAGCGGGCCCCAGCCCCCGAUCCUCUACCAGGGGGGAUUUGACCUCAACAGUAGCAAGAACAGAGCCUCCGCGUGUGGCCCCGAGGGCCCGGCUCUGAGGCCCAUGGGUGCCAGAGGGAGGGGGGAGGUCGGGGGUCCCAGAGAAGGGCGGAGUCUCUUCGAGGGAAGAGCCCGGAUCAGGACACCAGAUCCCACCCAUCCCCCGGGAGGACGAGGAGCAGGCUGCCUCUAGCCGGGAGAAGCAGCCGAACUGACAGGUGAAGGAGAGAAGCCCCUGGUUGCUGUCAGUCUGAGCCAGUUGGCUCAAGGCGCUCAUCCCGUCCGGCUGCUCGGAAAUCUGCCACCGCUUGGCUUUCCUCUGACGGCAGCGGGAUCCGAUCCGUGCCUCUGGACUUUGUCCGUCAGUCAGGGACAGUCUGUGGUCAUGGCUUUAGUUGAGAAGAGGACGCUCAUUCAAAGCGUAUCCUCCGAUAACACCACCGCCCCCGGGAAGCUGCUGUUGCAGUUUGGCUUUCCCACGCGUGUCCAGUUUCUUCCUUUUGCUCCUGUUGGAAAUUCGAGGGAGGCAGCCAAUUUCCCGCCUUCUAAAAAUACUCUGGUGGGAGCUAGAAAGAAUGCCGGAGAAGGCAGAGGUAACCUUCCCCCUCUCGGUCAGCAGAGUUAACCAAUCAAUCAGUCAAUCAAUCGUUGGCAUGUGUUGAGCAUUCAUUCAUUCAUUCAUUCAAUCAUAUUUAUUGAGUGCUUACUGUGUGCAGAGCACUGUGCUGGGUGCUCAGGAGAGAACACCCAUAUGCUGUACAGUUACGUGCCCCCUCCCGUUGGUUAAUAGUUGCAGCUUCUUGUGAACCCUCAAUCUUUAUACGCUCGCAGGGACUUAUUUCCAUCCAUAUUCUGGAUGGGAUUCGUCCAUAAAUGCUCCCUAAAAUCAGCACAGAUUCUUCUUCUUAUGUGAUGAACCGCAUUCUUCAGUGUGUCAGCUAACAAAAUCCCCUUCCUCAAUGAGGUGAGCUGGGCAGUGGUUUCUCUCUCUGGUGUUUACUUAGAUGUUCCCUUGCUUCAUUCGACUUCUAAAAAUCGCUUCCUUUUCCUUCCCUGUUUCAUUAUAAAGUGAGGUCUGUUAGCCCAGGUUUUCCUCGGGGUGUGUAUUGAACUGCUUAAAACCAUUCCAAGAAUAACGUACCCGAGCUCUUUGGGGCCCAACGAUUUUGGAGGAUGUUGAGCUGCAAUCUUAAUCAAGUGUCUAAUGCAUUGGUGAAGAAAUUUAAGUUGAGGUUUUCAACACUUCCUGAAAAAGAACUGUUCAGAAGGUAUUUUGUUUCAAAACCAUAAUUGCCAGUUUUUUAAAAGAGGGAUAGUUAAGCACUGACUAAUGAAGAAAGGCCUGCAACUUUACUUGUGCAUAUGAAAUAUGUCCAUUGACCUUUCAAAUAUUUCGCUUAUGAAAUGUCAAGUCUAGGUCUUUACUAGUAAAAAAUUAAUCAAAAAUGCUUGAGAAGAAGAUUAAAUUAAAAGCCUUGCUUUCUGUACUGCCUGCAAUCAAUGUAUUCCCAAUUUUGGAUUUUUCAUAUUCAUU